CAUAAGAUCGCAACUGGCAGCAAGAGGUGUUUUAUUUUCAGCAGUUUUUGUAACAGCAGCCUUUCGGCGUCGUUUGGAAAUAUGAGGCAUUAAUUCUCAUUGAUAUCAGGACGUGGUUAAAGGUCUGCUCUUUAUCGCCUUCAAGUCAUGGAACAAAGAGGAUACAAAUCACGGAGGGAGCGACAGUGUUGGUUUGCCUUCAUGGUUGUUUUGGAUAUUCUAUGGAGCGGAGCUUCUGCACAGAUCAGAUAUUCGAUAUCUGAGGAGGUCGAAGAUGAAACCGUCGUCGGGAAUAUAGCUAAGGAUUUGGGAAUAGACAAGAGUGCACUCAAAGACAGAGGAUAUCGGAUUGUAACAGGCUCAAUUGAACCCAUGUUCCACGUGAAUCAAAAUGACGGUGUCUUGUAUGUUAAAAGAAAAAUAGACAGGGAGGAGGUGUGUGAACGAACCAGCCCAUGCUUGAUCAAUCUGAAAACCGUGCUGGAAAACCCGCUGGAGAUCCAUUACGUGGCAGUGGAAAUACUUGAUAUAAAUGAUCACCCGCCUGUUUUUCCAGAGAAAGAGAAAAGGCUUGAGAUUUCUGAGUCGGCCUUACCAGGAGCGAGAUUUCAACUACAGGCUGCGCGCGACCUCGAUGUAGGCCAGUUUUCUAUUCAGCAAUAUAAACUCAGCCAUAACGAAUAUUUUAGACUGGAAGUGAAGGAUAGAGGCGAGGACCGUAAAAUGCCAUUUCUAGUCCUGCAGAGGCAGUUGGAUAGAGAAACAGCCGGGAAACAUAAACUGAGUCUAACAGCUGUUGAUGGAGGAAAACCAGCAAAGUCUGGCGCUAUAGAAAUAAUUGUGGACGUACUUGAUGUUAAUGACAACUCCCCGGUGUUUACCAAUGAGCUGUAUUCUGCCACACUUAAAGAAAACGUUCCCUUUGGCACUGUAGUGAUUCAGGUAAAUGCAACAGAUUUUGAUCAGGGUGCAAAUGGGGAAAUCAUUUAUUCAUUUGGUAAAGAAGUUGAUUCCAAAUUAAUGGAUGUCUUUAGUAUAGACGCCAACACCGGUGAAAUUAAAGUAAGCGGUCAGAUAGAUUUCGAGGAAAGUACAAGUUAUGAAAUUGACAUUCAGGCGUCUGAUAAGGGACAAGUUCCUCUAACAACUGACAAAAGUGUUACGAUAACUGUUAUUGAUGUUAAUGACAAUCCUCCUGAGAUUGAAGUGACAUCAUUCUCUAGCUCAAUCAAGGAGGAUUCAAAGAUAGGAACGACAGUGGCCCUGAUUAGUGUAAGUGAUUUAGACUCUGGUCUGAAUGGAAAAGUUAUUUGCACAAUCAAAGGAGACGUCCCUUUUACUUUAUCUCCAUCGAUACAAGAAAACAUGUACGCUGUUGUAACCAGGUCCCAGUUGGACAGGGAAAUUGUUUCCCAAUUUGAUGUCACAAUUAUUGCGAAAGACACAGGUGAGCCAUUAUUUUCAGCUGAAAAGACAAUUAGCGUUGUGGUAUCAGAUGUAAAUGACAACAGUCCAGAGUUUGCUUCAAGCCCCUACACGUUUUAUAUCACUGAGAACAACAGCCCCGGAGCCUCGGUGUUUUCAUUAAAAGCUUCUGAUCUUGAUGAAAGUGACAACGCUCUUAUUUCAUAUCAUAUUCUGAGAGAAGCAAAUGGAGAAAACAAAGUGGCUUCAUUUCUCAACAUAAACUCUGAAAACGGAGACAUUUCAGCGCUAAAAAGUUUCGACUUUGAAACUCUGAAAACGUUCCAGUUCCAAGUUGUUGCCUCAGAUUCUGGAACUCCGUCACUGAGCAGCAACGUCACAGUGAACGUGUUCAUUCUGGAUCAGAACGACAACGCUCCAGUCAUCCUGUAUCCAGUCAGCUCUAACGGUUCUGCUGAAGGUGUGGAGGAGAUUCCCCGCAAUGUGAACGCAGGACACUUGGUGACUAAAGUCAGAGCCUAUGACGCUGAUAUAGGAUAUAACGGCUGGUUACUCUUUUCACUGCAGCAAGUCACUGACCACAGUCUCUUUGGUUUGGACCGCUAUACAGGACAGAUCAGAACACUUCGCUCCUUCACAGAGACAGACGAGGCUGAGCACAAACUGCUCAUACUGGUCAAAGACAAUGGGAACGUGUCGCUCUCAGCAACAGCUACUGUGGUGGUCAAACUUGUGGAGCCCAAAGAGGCUUUUGCAGCUUCUGAUGUUAAAAGUUCAGCCAAAGAUGAGGAGGGGACCGAUGUGACUUUUUAUCUGAUGAUAACUUUGGGCUCAGUUUCUGUACUUUUUCUCAUCAGUAUCAUCGUGCUGAUUGCAAUGCAGUGCUCCAAAACCACAGACUAUACUUCUAAAUAUCUGCAAGAGACUAAUUAUGACGGGACACUGUGCCACAGCAUCCAGUACAGAUCUGGAGAGAAACGGUACAUGUUAGUUGGACCCAGAAUGAGUAUAGGAUCUACUAUAGUCCCGGGCAGCCACGCGAACACACUAGUGCUCCCUGACAGGAGGAGGGGAUCUGGAGAGGUAAGAUUAUAUUUGCAGUAG